UCAUAAAAUAUAUGUAUAAUCCAUCAAGAAUGUACACCACAUGCAAGAGGAGGACAAUGGAAGAUACAAAACUCACAGAUGAACUCCGAUUGCUCGCUUGCCUUCAUCAUCAAGAACAUACACCUUCAAUCAUCAAGCUACUCGAGGCCACGUACCCGAAUCCACAUAACCCUGUUUGCUUCUAUGUCGUCCAUUUAAUUGACCUCAGAGGCAGAGCUACACCAACAAUAGUGGCUCAUCACCGUGGAAAGAAAGAAACUACACUUCAAGAAUCAGAUCACAUCAUAAAUGCUCUGAGUUUAUACGAGAAGCAAAGUCACGGAAACAUCACAUUUUACCCCUUUUCUGCCAUUUCUCCCUAUGCAACAAUGCACAAUGAUGUCUGUCACCUAGCUAUGGACAAAAGAGCCGCCUUUGUUGUUUUACCCUUUCAUAAACACUGGGCUAUCCACACUUCAGAUGUAGAGGAAAAUUGCAUUAGGAAUGUGAACCGUAAGAUUCUAACAACGGCACCAUGUUCUGUCGGUGUAUUCAUUGAUCGCAGCACUAGCAGCAAAAACACACCUCUAUCAACAAUGACAAAUAUCUAUAGCAUUGGUGUUCUUUUGAUAGGCGGGCAGGACGAUCGAGAAGCAUUAGCCUAUGCUAAUCGGAUGGCUAUACAUCCCAACGUGGGAGUAACAGUUGUCCGGUUAAUAGAACCUAAGAAAUUGGACAAGUUCAACAACACACAAGAUAUGGUAAAAGAUGCAGAAGCCAUCAAUGCAUUUAGAGAAGCUAACAUGAACAAGAAAUUAUGCAUUUACGAAGAAGAAGAGGUAAAAGAUAGUGUAGGAGUUGUUAGUGUAAUUAGGAAGAUGGAAAAUUGUUUUGACUUGAUCAUAGUAGGGAGACACCAUGAUAGUAACUCGGCAUUGUUAGGAGGACUAAGAGAAUGGAGUGAGUUUCCAGAAUUAGGGUUUAUAGGAGACAUGUUGGCUUCUUCCGACACAAAUUAUGAGGUAUCAGUCUUAAUAGUGCAACAACAAGCUUUUCCAGAGGACAAAAUACAGGAAAGUCCCAAGCUUGAAAAUUCGGCUGCUGUUGUAAAUAUGAGGCACUUUGAGACUACAAAAAUCUAGCCAACAAUUGAAUAUUUAAAUAUGUAGAUUAAGGUUUUCUCUUUAACUUUC